AUGGAAGGAUUGGUGUUAUCAGGGUAUAAAACCCACUGUAAGCUGUUCAUAUUCAGUGAGGAUGAGCAAUUUAUCAAGACGUUGCCAGAAUACCACGUGGCUGAUCCAGCAAGAGUAGAUGCAAGCGGGCAUUUUCUUUCUUUUAAUUUACACCAUCACAUCUCAAACACAAGAAAGAAGAGAGAUCUCAGCAAAAAGGAAAAUGUGGUAUAUUACAAAAUUAACCAUGAGGAGAAGGAUCUGUUUUUUAACUUGACUGUCCACAUGGGAUUUCUUUCCCAUAACUACGUAGUAGAAAGGAGACGUGGCAACCACACUAGUGCAAAGAUUGCAACUCGCUCGGGAGUUCCUUGCCACUUCAUUGGCACAGUGUUACAGCCAGGUUCCGGGAGUGGGACAGCAGCGAUCAGCACUUGCAAUGGCUUGACUGGAUAUUUCCAUCUGCCCCAUGGUGACUACUUCAUUGAGCCCAUUAAAAAGCAUCCACAGAAGGAGGGAACACCCCAUCCCCAUAUUAUCUAUGGGGCGAAUGUCCUUCAAAAUGCUUUAAGGAGAAGACGGGCGAUCCCAAUGGAAAAAGAGCAAGCAUGUGGAUUGAAUGAUACCCUCAGCUUUUUCAAACAGCAGCUGCAUUGGAGGGAGAGAUGGGAACAAAAUCAUAUGGCUGUCAGAAAGGUUUCUCGGCGCUCUGUCAGCAAGGAGCGAUGGGUGGAGACACUUGUAGUUGCAGACAGUAAGAUGGUUGAAUAUCAUGGAAGUGACCAUGUGGAAUCAUAUAUCCUCACUAUAAUGAAUAUGGUCACAGGGUUGUUCCACGAUCCAAGCAUUGGCAAUGCAAUUCACAUUGUGCUGGUCCGGCUCAUCCUCUUUGAGGAGGAGGAGCAAGGCUUGAAGAUAGUUCACCACGCUGAUAAGACACUAGCCAGCUUCUGCAAAUGGCAGAAGAGUGUCAAUCCCAAGAGUGACGUCAACCCUACGCACCAUGACGUGGCCGUCCUUCUAACCAGAAAGGACAUUUGUGCUGGCAUGAAUCGUCCAUGUGAAACCUUAGGUUUGUCUCAUCUGUCAGGCAUGUGUCAACCUCACAGAAGCUGUAACAUCAAUGAAGAUUCUGGCCUUCCGUUGGCUUUCACUAUUGCUCAUGAACUUGGACACAGUUUUGGUAUCCAGCAUGAUGGAAAAGAGAAUGACUGUGAGCCUGUUGGAAAGCGCCCAUAUAUUAUGUCCCGACAGCUGCAAUAUGAUCCUACUCCACUGACCUGGUCGCAGUGCAGCAAGGAAUACAUCACACGUUUCCUAGACCGCGGGUGGGGAUUCUGUCUGGAUGAUAUCCCCCAAAAAGAAGUUUUAAAGUCCCCAAUCAUUGCUCCUGGAGUGAUUUAUGACGUGCAUCACCAGUGCCAGCUUCAGUAUGGUUCCAAUGCUACUUUCUGUGAAGAUGUGGAUAACCUUUGCCAAACACUCUGGUGCUCGGUGAAAGGCUCCUGCCGCUCCAAACUGGAUGCAGCUGCGGAUGGAACUCGGUGUGGAGAAAACAAGUGGUGCUUCUCUGGUGAGUGCAUUACAGUAGGCAAGACUCCUGAAGCAAUCCAUGGCGGAUGGGGCAUUUGGUCAUCCUGGUCCCAUUGCACAAGGACAUGUGGGGCAGGAGUUCAGAGCGCAGAGAGACCAUGCGAUAACCCAGAACCACAAUUUGGAGGAGACUACUGCACUGGAGAAAGGAAACGCUAUCGAAUGUGUAACAUUAGCCCCUGUCGCAAAGGCUUGCCAACCUUUCGUCAAAUGCAGUGCAGUGAAUUUGAUACAGUUCCCUACCAGAAUGAAUUCUACCACUGGGUUCCUGUCUAUAACACAGCAAAUCCCUGUGAGCUCCACUGUCGCCCGAUAGAUGGCCAUUUUUCAGAGAAGAUGCUUGAUGCAGUGACUGAUGGUACUCCUUGCUUUGAAGGAAGACACAGCCGAGAUAUCUGUAUUAAUGGCAUGUGUAAGGCUGUUGGCUGUGAUUAUGAGAUAAAUUCCAACGCAACUGAAGACCAGUGUGGAGUUUGCCUGGGAGACGGCUCUGAUUGUCGUACAGUGAAGAUGAUGUUUAAUCAAAGUGAAGGAUUUGGAUACGUUGAUAUUGGGCUAAUUCCGAAAGGUGCAAGGGGAAUCAAAGUCAUGGAAGUUGCAGAAGCAGGAAAUUUCCUUGCUGUGCGAAGCAAAGACCCAGAAAAAUAUUACCUGAAUGGAGGCUUUAUCAUCCAGUGGAAUGGUGAAUACAAAGUGGCAGGCACGGUAUUUCAGUAUGACAGAACAGGGGAUCUAGAAAAUCUGACUGCUCCAGGACCCACCAAUGAAUCAAUAUGGAUUCAGCUACUUUUUCAAGAAACUAACCCUGGAAUCAAGUAUGAAUAUACUGUACGUAAAGAAGAAAGUCACGAGAAUGAGAUUGGAGAGUCAGAGUAUUUCUGGCAGUAUGGAGACUGGACAGCCUGCAGUGUUACCUGUGGAAGAGGGGUGCGGCGCCAGAUUGCCCACUGCAUGCGGAAGGGAAGCGGAGCGAUCAAAAACUCCUUCUGUGACCCAGCAACGCAGCCAAACGGGCGACAGAAGAAAUGUUAUGAAAAGGACUGUCCGCCCAGAUGGUGGGCAGGAGAAUGGCAGAAAUGUUCAACCACAUGUGGCCCAACAGGCCAGAAGAAGCGAACUGUUCUUUGCAUCCAGACGGUGGGAUCUGAUGAGCAGGCGCUGGCUGUCACAGAGUGCCAGCACCUGCUUAAACCAAAGACCCAACUGUCAUGCAACAGAGAUGUGUUGUGCCCGUCUGACUGGACAGUGAGCAACUGGACUGAGUGCACAGUUACUUGUGGUGGUGGAAUAAGGACUCGUAAUGUCACUUGUGCCAAAAAUAAUGAUGAGCCAUGUGAUACUUCCAAGAGACCAAACUCUAAGGCCCUGUGUGGUCUCCAACAAUGUCCUUCUGCUGGAAGAUUUCUGAUACCCCCCCUGGCACCCAGAAGAGGAAAGAUCAUAAUCAGAAAAACAAGUACUAAUCCAGAAUGGAGUCCUCCUCGCAGAAUACCCAUACCAAACCCGAGGUCCCAUACAACAACAAAAACACCUAAGCCUGAAAGUGUAACUCCCUGUUUGCCUACAUCCUCUGGUUUGGGUACUGUCUCAGAAAAAGAAGGAACAGCCAACAAAACAUUACAAAAUAUUUUUUCUGGACCAAGUGAUGUUUACAAUUAUCCGGUUGUUUCUACUGAAAAUAGUUCACACCAAAAUACUACUUCAUGGCCUUUUCAUAAUAACUUAAGUACUGAAAUUAUAAGACAUGCUGAAAAUAUUUCUGAAAGGGAGGCAGUUUCUACUGUAGAAAGUGAGGUGCUAAGAAGUGAGGACACUCCUGUCUCCUCUUUUACCAGUAGUCCAGAAAUAACUUCCAGCUAUGAUUACUUAACCGAAGAAUCUGACGACAUUGAUGGGUCAGUUGGAGGCAGUGAGAAACCAACCGAUCUCCUUUACAGCACAGAACUCAAUCCUGAAAUCAGAACCAGGAGCACAACCCUAGAUACUGGCUCUCCUGUUCUUCAAAAUGAGAGCAUGACUUCUCAGCCCACCCCUGUAUCUCAUCACCGAGAACCUUCUAUGCUCCUUCCUGUUAGCACAACAGCACAAGGACUGGCAUUUCCAACAACAGCAAACUAUACCAGUCUGCAAGUUGAUGUGCCUGUUGUAGAAGUAACUACCCAAGAAACAUCCGUUACAGUAAUGCCCACAGUGUUUGGUCAUGUACCGAGAGACCAGGCUGACAACAGAAGAGAAAUGAAACUACUCGACACCAUAACCUCCAGCACACAAUCAUCAGCUCCCGAGCAUGUUCUCAGGAACAAAAGUGCAACAUCUGAGGGGGUUUUGACAAAUGUCACACCAAACAGCCACCUAAUAACACCCAACAAUUUGCCUGGUGAUACCUACUGGAUAGUAGGCAACUGGAGUGAGUGCUCUACCACCUGUGGAAUGGGGGCUUUCUGGAGACACGUGGAGUGCAGCAGCAGGAACACAUCUCACUGUCAGCACAUGAAAAAGCCUGAUCCUGCAAGAAAAUGUUAUCUCCGCCCAUGUGCUAGCUGGAAAACAGGAAAUUGGAGCAAGUGCUCUGCUAGCUGCAACGGUGGAUUCAAGACCCGAGAUGUUCACUGCAUUGAUGUUCGUGAAAAGCGACUUCUAAGGCCUUUUCAUUGCCAGUUACUUGGAUAUAAGCCACAACUCAACACUAGUUGUAACGUGGAGCCUUGCUUGCAGUGGCAUGUGGAGCCCUGGAAUGAGUGUUCGAGAACAUGUGGUGGUGGCCAGCAAAAGCGACGUAUCUACUGCCCAGAAGAAGGCUACUGUGACUGGACAAAAAGACCUAAUGCCAUUGCAUCAUGUAACAGGCAGCCUUGUACGCAGUGGAUUAACCAGGCAUGGGGCCCGUGCACUGUUUCUUGUGGAGGGGGCAUUCAGCAAAGAACUGUGAAGUGCAUGAAUAUAGAAACUAAUGAAACUGAAGAUGACAGUACGUGUGUGGAUAAACCCAAGCCCACAGAGAUUCAGAAAUGCAAUCUGCAAGAGUGCAGGAAAAGUACAGGGCUACCCUGCAGCAAAGACCAACUGUCAGUUCACUUCUGCCAGAGGCUGAAAGGCAUUGGCAAGUGCUUGCUGCCAUCAAUACAGACUCAGUGCUGCUUCACGUGUAGCCAGCCCCGAAUUCGUAACAAAGCAAGAUACUGGGAUCAGCGAGGCCUCAAACGACAAAAUUACAUUAAAUCUAGAAGAAAAUCACCUCAAAACCAAGAAAACAACAACCAAGCUUCUCGGCACUAGCUGGUUUUUAUCUAGUUGUUUUGAGUAGGGCUUGUGUUUACAGGUUUUAUGCUCCUUUUUUUUUCUGAACCAUCCAAUGUAAAUGGAAAUCUGUGAUCAAAACUGGGAAAACACAUCCCUUAGGGUUAUCGGUCCUGUUUUACUGCUUCAAAUUUUUCUCUGCAAUAGUCCAAAAUUUGUAACACAAUUUGCAAUGUACCAGCAGCUAGUACUUCUUAGGCAUGCAUAGAGACUAGAAACAAGCUUGCCAGAAUUUUUUUAUUUCUUUAAAUGAAUAUUUCACUUGUUCUGUAUUUCAUCUCUUUUCCGAAACCCACUUGAAACAGCAGCACCACUUACUCGAGUGCUGAGUGAAGGUGGCCAAUGGGGCAGCAGAAACAGACCUGCACUGUGGGCCAGAUCCUCCUGUGCUCACUCACUUUUCUGUUUUUAGGAAUCAAGGUGAAGUGGCAGUGUUUCUCCAAAUUGUUUGCUCACUUCAUGAAUUUAAAAGCAGAGUUUUAUAAUAACUGAUUAUGAUAAGCAGGACAAAUUGAAACAUUGCGUUUUUCAAAAGAAAAAAUGUUCAUUUAGUACUUCGCUGAACCUCUAGAGGAUACCUCAGCAAUAGUCUGUCCUGGCCAGUUUUCUUCUGCUACAAAUGUCUUGCUGUAACCUGAAAACCCCACCAAAUAUGGGAUGUUAAGUUCCCAAAUAUGUUUUAAGCAACAUUUCUUGGCAUCAUGAAAGCAAAGCUGUUGGCAUCUACCACCUUAACAGAUGGAUUGUAAUUCACACCAAUAUUCAGUGACAGAGCUAUCAUUUAAUCCAGUAUCUCCUAGUAGAGUGUAAGCCCACAUCCACAAGAGUACUUUAUCACCUCACUCACAGCAAACUUUUCCCCCAGUGCAAAUCUUUGAUCAUAGUGAGGGUGAGGGCACCUGGGACAGGAGCCUGAGACCCGGAGUAUCUGUGUAGCUCUGGGCCUCAGGCAUUAGGAGAGCACUAGCCAAAUAGUGUACCUGUUUUGCUAUUGAAGAAAAUGGCAGAACAAACUUUAGGGAGACCAGACUGGACACUUUGAAGCAAAGCUGGGCAUUUUCUAAAGAGCUGGACAUUUAGAUUCCUUUGAAAUUCAGUAGGAUUUGGACACCUUGGUUCUUCACACUCUUCUGAAAAUCGCAGAUUUACUCCCUAGCUAUCUGACAAUUUGAGAUUGUAAAACAGGGAAAUGUCGUAUUUUAUGCAGUGUAGUGAGACACACAGCCAUGAAUCCAAGUGUCACUACACUUACAGAGCUACGACUAGCAAUAGCCCUAUUUCUAGACAGACUUUUAUGAAAGUUAAUAGAAAUAUUUGGGCCUGGCUAUAAUGUAUUAAUCUAAUGAUGGCCACAAGUCUAAUUGUCCUUUUUCAUAGGUUUGUGACCUUUGGCUAAGGGCUCACUUCUUCACUUGAAGUCUCUGGGAGUUCAGGAUAUGCAGCAUGGUAAGGUUAGAUUUAUUAACUCCUGUGAUGGCAAUAUAACCCCAGUUAUAGGUGCUGAUAAAACUUAAAAUCCACUGUUAAAAAUAUGGUGCUAGUAUAACAGAUGUGGGGGAUGACUUACAAUGGUGCAUGCACAUGCAUGUGUGUACAUAGCAUACAUGCAGAUACUCUUAAAAUAAUACCUGUCUAUGGUGUUGCUGGCCAAUGCCAGACAUAAUGCUUUUUAAGUUUCACAGUGUGCUUAUGUCCUUCUGAGGUCCUGUAUGGCUACUGACCUUUUGAGCAAUAGAAAUCUGGGCAGUUCUUAUUCCACUGGACACAGAAAUAUUGAAUCAUAUGAAGGAGUGGAGGUGUCCCAUCUGAUUCAGGAAGCAUUUGGGCAGGGCUUGGCCUCAGGCUGCAUUGUGAAGAGCAGAGCCUGUACUGUUACAUCCAAGGCAGUUCUCUAAUGGCCAAACAACCUAGACUGGUGGACAGUGCAGAUGCUUCUGAUGUUCCCAGAAGCAUCUUGUAGGAUUUGGGCAGGACAAAGUUAGAUUCACUUCAGAGUCAGACUCUUCUGUGUUCAGAGGUACCUGCAACGUUUUAUCCACAGAGGUCAGCAGAAUUGGGCCAUCAGGUAUGUAAGCUAAUAAGAAAGGGGCUGACUGAGUGGAUAUAGUGCAGGUGGGAGGAAAAGUGCCUGGGAGGCUUGUCCCUUCCGGUGCUCAUUAUGGCUAGUGAGGAGUAAAGCCAUUUCUGGCUUCAUUGUUUUCUUCAGGGAGCUGUAAUUUCAUUUGAAAAGCAUAAAAGUGAAUAAAUUAUAUUAUGGACAUUAAUCAAAAUAAUCUUUCUACCCAGGGAAGCACAGUCACCGCUGUGCUUAAACACGAUGCAAUGCAUUGAGUGCAUCGCUCUCCCAGCUUAAAACUUUAGGGAAAAGACUGUGACAACAACAUGAACUGUUCUAAUAGAGCAGUGCUACUGCUGUAUUUUACAUAGGUUCUUACAUGGCACUCAUCAGCCUAGUAUCUCCUCUAUGCUAAUAAUAUGUGCAGUCACCUCUGCCACGCAUUUAGCAAGAUUCCUUUCUUAUGACGUAUCUCUUUUUAAGGAAAGGUGGAUUUAUGAUCCUAACCCAGAUGGUCACUAUUCUUAAAACUGAAUAGAGUGUUAAGUGCAGAGGCGUAAUAUCAUUAUAUUAUCAUAUUAGCCUGAGACACGUCAGCUUCAACAGGUUGCUCAGGAAAAAAUGUGUAUUUGGCACAUUCACUGCUUGUUCUAACAUUUCAAGGUUUAAAAAGCAAACUAUGAUGACAUAUUUGUUUCAAGCUUCAAUAAAUGGCACUGC